CACAUUUCAAGCUACCUCAAAAGUACUCAACCAUCAUCUACCAUGGCCUGCCAUUUUCAUCUCCUCUAUCCAGCUUUUCUGCUCCUUAUAAUCGGACCGAUUUUGGCAGGUGGUUCCAAUUUAGGAGUAUGCUAUGGCAUGUUAGGCGACAAUCUUCCAUCAGCACGCGAAGUAAUCUCAAUGUACAAAUCAAACCACUUGGGAAAAAUCAGACUCUACAAUCCAGACUUAUCAGCACUAGAAGCCCUUCGCGGUUCACAUAUCCAAGUUUUAGUUGGAGUCCUAAACGAAGAACUUCCCCAGCUCGCAAACUCUUAUACAGCAGCAUACGACUGGGUUCAACAAUUCAUCCGCCCAUACUGGCCCCAUGUACGUUUCCAAUACAUCGCAGUCGGAAAUGAACUCAUUCCGGGAUACUACGCUCCUUAUAUUCUUCCGGCAAUGCAGAACAUGAACUCUGCUUUAACAUUAGCGGGUCUUUCGCGCUAUAUCAAAGUCUCUACCUCAGUUUCUACAGCAGUUUUAGGAGUAUCCUAUCCGCCUUCUGCCGGAGUUUUUGCAGAAGAAACUCUGACCUACAUGGUUCCGAUUGCACAUUAUUUGAACAGAACCGGUGCGCCACUUUUAGCCAAUGUGUAUCCAUAUUUCGCCUACAUUUCUAAUCCUCAUAAUAUUCCGUUACAUUAUGCUUUACUCACUUCUGACGAUGUUAUCGUACGCGAUGGUGAUUUAAAUUAUCUUAAUUUGUUUGAUGCUAUUGUCGAUUCGCUACAUUCGUCUUUGGAGAAUGUCGGAGCGGCUCAAGUUCCAAUUGUAGUGUCGGAAACAGGUUGGCCGUCCGCCGGAGGUAGCGAGGCAGAGAGCAAUAUUGGAAAUGCAUAUUUAUACAAUUCGAACCUAGUGAGACAUGUUCUGUCUUCCAGGGGCACGCCGAAAUGGCCCGGCAAGGCGAUUGAGACUUACUUGUUUGCUAUGUUUAAUGAGAAUUUGAAAGGAGGCGACGCUGUAGAGCAACAUUGGGGGUUGUUUUAUCCAAAUAAAAUGGCAGUUUAUCCCAUUAAUUUCUCAUAAGGAAAAUUUGAAAAUGUUAAGUACUCUUCUUAUAUUUGAUUAAGCCAAUAAAGUUCUGAGCAAAUUGUAUUAAUUAAAUAUCGUUAUUUUCAAAAAAAAUAUGUUAUUUUC